CAAAGAGUUUCGGGAGUAGUUGAAGAUCAAAACGGAACCUUCCAAAUCACCAGUUCACCACCAUCUGCUGAUAGCUCCCUCCAGUCAACCAUCAAUCAAUCAUGUCUUCCACAUCCAACCUCGGGUGCGCCGUCGUCGCCGUCGACGGCAGCGAGGAGAGCAUGUACGCCUUGCGGUGGGCGCUCGACAACGUCCACCUCCGAUCUCCUCCCGCCGACUCCAGCGAAUUGCCGGGAUCAUUCGUCGUCGUCCACGUCCAAUCGCCGCCGUCUAUCGCCGCAGGCCUCAAUCCAGGCGCCAUACCUUUCGGCGGUCCAAUCGAUCUGGAGGUUCCCGCGUUCGCCGCAGCGAUUGAGGCGCACCAGAAACGAAUUACGCAGGCAAUCUUGGAUCACGCCCUGGAGAUUUGUCGGCAAAAGAAGGUUUUCAUUCCCACUUCAUUUGUUACUGUGAAAUCGCAAGUGGUGAUUGGAGAUCCCAAAGACAAGAUAUGUGAAGUUGUGGAGAGUCUUAAUGCGGAUUUGCUGGUGAUGGGCUCCCGAGACUUUGGUGCUAUCAAAAGGAUGUUCUUGGGGAGUGUAAGCAACUAUUGUGCAAACCACGCACAAUGUCCUGUCAUUAUAAUCAAGGGAAAGGGCAAGGAGGAGGAAACUUCUUCAUAGACAAAUAAGAAUCAUAAUUCUUCCAGUCCAAUCCGCAUGUGUUUCAGUAAGACUACUUGUUGUGCUGUCUUCUCUUGUUUUGCGUGUAAAUUUGCUAUGGCGUUCAUUGAUAUAAGUUGAAGCAAAAUAUCAAGAAAAGAAGUACGUGUACCAGGUUUGCAUCAUGUCGUCAAGUGUAAUCGCCACUGUAGAGUUACGGUCACAGGUUGGAUUGUUAGAG